UGAUUUAGCUAGCCAAUGCUAGCUAGUUAGCCGGUAUGACACUUAAAGGAAUGACGAGCAGCUGAGCAGUUUCAGCGAAAACUACACCGGGACACACGUUAACACCUCUGUUAAAAGGGUCUUUUUACAGCUCUCUGGCAAAUACGUGUUGGAUGGCCUGGACAGCCCUUGUCGUGGGACCUACAUAGAGAGAGAAGAGGGACACCAUUCUAAACCUCUGAAUGAGGAAUGAACUUAAACCCAUUCUGGAGCAUGUCUGCCAAUACAAGCCGUAAGCAGAGGACUGACAGCGAGGAACAGAGUGGGCAUGGUGAGCAGAGAGCCAGCCCAGCACGGUUGUCCUUUGGCAGAAAGCAGCUUCCACCCAUUCCUAAAAAUGCAACCCCCAUUACCAAGCCUGCAUCAACGGGCACCCCAGCCCAGUCAGCCAAUGGCACACACGCUUCAUAUGGUCCCUUUUACUUGGAGUACUCUCUGCUGGCUGAGUUCACACUAGUGAUUAAGCAGAAACUCCCUGGAAUUUAUGUCCAGCCGUCCUACAAAUCAGCACUAAUGUGGUUUGGGGUCAUAUUCAUCAGACACGGCUUGUACCAGGAUGGAGUCUUCAAGUUCACCGUGUAUAUUCCAGAUAACUAUCCAGAUGGAGAGUGUCCUAAAUUAGUAUUUGACAUCCCAGUCUUCCAUCCUCUUGUUGACCCUGUGUCUGGAGAGCUUGAUGUCAGAAGAGCUUUCACCAAAUGGAGACGGAAUCACAACCACAUCUGGCAAGUCUUGAUGUACGCACGUACAAUUUUCUACAAGAUCAAUACCACGGAACCACUCAACCCAGAAGCUGCUGUGCUAUAUGAAAAGGAUGUGCAGUUGUUCAAAAGCAAAGUGGUGGAUAGUGUGACAUUAUGCAACAGUCAUCUUUUUGACCAGCCCAAGAUGGAUGAUCCGUACGCAAUAAGUUUUUCUCCAUGGAACCCAGCUGUUCAUGAGGAAGCAAAAGAUCGAAUGUUCACAUACAAGAGACGACCUGAGGAUCACCACAAGGGAACACAGGUGUCCGGGCUGUCUUGGGUGAAGCCUGGAUCAACACAGCCCUUCAGCAAAGAUGACACUCCUUCCCAGAGCUGAGCCUGCACUGUCAACGCAGCGGCCACUAGAGGGAGGCCCAUGCAUCGGAUGCAUCGGCCUGCCUCGGCUGUUUAAGUGAACUGGAUCCUCGAAACAGUUGGGAGAACUUCAUGUUAAAUCUCCUCAUUAUUGCUCGGCUUUAAAAGCUUUGUAGGCAUCUCCUCGAACAGCUUUAGAAUAAGGAUACAAAGUUUGUAUUAUAUGUAAAUCGACAAAUGGAUGUCCCAGCAACAUCAUUUAGGCUGCGAUGCAAUCAAAGAGCUUUUGUCAUUUAGAUUUUUCAGAACCAUGCACAUCUUGGGCUAGGUGAUACAACAUGCUGUCCCAAAAAGGAGCUGAAAAGUAUGAGCAAAGCAUUCAUACGGUAAGUAUAGUGGACUACAUGAUCUCUACCACUUAUUGGAAUUGGCUCAGGACUGUUUUAUUUGUCAGACUUGGAAUGUUGUCAGUCACAGAUGUGUGAAUGAAACUCCCCUCUCAUUAACCAAUUAGAUUGACAUGAUAUGUUUUAUUGUUUCUUAUUGGACAAUGAUUUCUUGUUAAACCCACUGUGUAAGCUAUUGUCUUACAUAGUUCCUAAUAAAAAAAAAUAUAUAUAUAUAUAAAGCAGAGCAGGCAAGUAUGGUUUUAAAAGAUAACUACAUACAUGUUUUUUAUUUUGUCUGGUUUUAAUGAUUUUGAAUGUUUUCUGUACCUUUGGGCUGUUGGUUAUUAAAGGUCUGGGUUGUAAAUAAUGGAUGCUGUGCUAAGCUGCUUUGACUUUAAGAGCUGUGUGCUUUGAUGCUUGGAUUUUCUAAUUUGAUUUCUUUGGUUUCCUUUGCAAAUUUUACACAAGUUAAAGUUGAAGAAAUUAUGCAGAAUUCCCACAUAAGUCUGAAGGAAAAUCAGAAAUGUAUUUGGAUAAGGUUAAGUUAUCAACUAGUUUUCUGAGUACCACAACAUUUAUUUUUGUCCAGUUACAAGAAUACACCUUUUCCAUUGUGCCAGAUAAAUGUUGUGUUGUAUGUAAUGUCUUCUUCUGUAAAGGGCUCUGGCUUAAUUGUUAGUAAUAAUGCCCAGCCACUUUCAAUAUGCAAAUAUUGUAAAACUAAGGGUGUGGGAAGAGGAUGGUAUUUUUAAAAAAUGUGUGGGAACCCCAGAAGGAAAUGACUGUAUCAGAAUAGCAGAUAUGGUGCUGAAACCCUUUAGAUCUAUUUAUAGCUGCUGUGAAAGGCAAGGACGUGACUUCACACAUUGAUCUUUGCGAUUUUUGACCUCUUACAACUUGUGAGUUUCAAUGUGUUGCAUACGGACCCAUUCCUGCUCCAGUUUGUGAAAGGCAUUAAUGCAUAAAUGACAUGAGGUUUAAAGGCUUUUCUCUGAAAUCAAUAAAC